AUGGGAGUUUUUGGAUUAUGGACAAUUUUAUCCCCAGCAGGUCGAAAAUUAAAUAUAGAAGCAUUAACAGGUUAGAAAUUAGCAAUAGAUGUAAGCAUAUGGGUAUUACGAUUAAUAUAUGGUUCAUUGCAAAGCAAAAAUGAGAACUUUAAGAAUAUUCAUUUAAUAUGUAUAUUUAAAAGACUUUGUAAACUAUUGAGUUUAGGUAUAAAACCUGUAUUUGUAUUUGAUGGACAGCCUCCAGAAUUGAAGAAAAACACACUUUAUUAAAGAUAAAAAAUGAGGGAAUAUAGAGAAUUAAAUUUGAAAAAAAUGGCUGAGAAAUUUGUACUGAAAUAAUUGGAAGGAAGAGUUUUAAAGAAGAAAAACUUCAAUUAAGGUGAAGAAGAAUAAGAAAAUAGCAUAUUAAAAGAAAUCGAAGAUGAUCUUGAAUCUAUGAACAGUGAAGAAAUAGAUGAAUUUGAAAAAAACAUAAAAAACUAUUAAGAAGAAAUAGUUGAUUUAUAAUAUAAAUAAUUAGUAAAAUUAGUACAAAAAUAAGACUAUUAAAACCUUUUCAAAGGCAUAAUUGAGAAUAAAGAUGAGUUUUAUGUUUUAGACAUUGAUUCAAAAAUAGGAAUAGUAUAAUAACUUAAUAAUAAAGUCUAAAGUAUAUAAUAAGGAUGCUUAAAUAAUGUCAAAGAUAUGGAAAAAUUUUCAGUUUUAUAAUAAAGGUAAUAUGUGGAAUAUGUAUAAAAUAAAAAAGAAGUUGAAUUGACAAUAAUUAGUAAGAAAAAAUAAAUAUAAGACGAAUAAAAGAAUUAGAUUUUGGAAGAAUUAGAUGAAAAAAAUAAAGAGCUUGUCGAAAACGCAAACUAGAAAAAUAUUUUAUGCGGAUAAAUAAAGUCCGAAAAGGAAAAAGUAUUUCUUUUUGUAUAAAAAACUAAUAUUUAAGUGAAUAAUUAAUUUGAGAAUUUUAAAAAGAAAAAAAAGAUAAUAAAUAAAAUCUACGAGAAAUUAAUAUUAGGUUAGAAAACUUGGUCAAAUAAAGAGAGGAAGAAAUAAUUAAAUGGAGAUAAUAUAAUUAAGAAUAAUUAAAUAUAGAAAAAUAGACAGAAGAUUUAUUACCAAUAUAAUAAAAUAAUAAUAUUUAAGACUAAAUUUAUAAUAAUUAGUUUAGUGAUUCUGAUCUACAUUUUGAAGAUGAUGAUGACAAUGAUAAUGGUAAUUUUAAAGAAAAAAAAGAUUAAGCAAGCACUGAUAUAGGUUUUGAGGGUGGAAAUAAUAAUGAUUUCGAAUAAUAAAAUUAUAUUUUAGAAAAUCAAGAAAAAUAAUGAAUGUAUUUAAUAAAUAUAAGAAAAUAAUAAAUGCAUUUAAUAAAUAUAAGAAAAUAAUGAAUUUAUUUAAUAGAUAUAAGAAAAUGAUGAAUAUAUUUAGUAAAUAUAAAAAAAUGAUGAAUAUAUUUAAAAUAUUUAAGAUAAACAAUAUGCUUAAUAACUAUAAGAAGAAGAAUAUAUAAGAAAUUUGGAAAAUGACGAAUUUUAAAAAUAUGAAGAUGAAAAUAUAAAAUAAAGCAAAUAUGAAAAUAAUAAAAUAUAAAAAUAAGAAAAUAUCAUAUAAUAAAAUGAGUAUAAAAAUUAAAAAAAAUAUUAAGAAAAUAAUAAUAUUGAAUAAAAUGUUGAAUUAUUUACAUAAAAAUUAAACGAAAAAGAGAAAGAAAAUUUCCAAUAAUUAAUUUAAUAAUUAAAAGGAGAAUAUGAUGAAGACAAAGACGAAAACAAUAAUAAAAACAAAAAGAAAAAUAUCUAAAAAAUAGAUGAUAAUGAAUAAGAUGAAAUGACUGAAGAAGAAAUAAAAAAACUAUUAUAAUACGUUGAAAAUAUAGAAGAAGAAUAAUCAAAAAACGAUACGAACGAUUAAUUUUUAGGAAUGACAGAAGAACAACUAGAAAUUGAAUCCUAAAAAUUUAUAAACUUAAACGAAAUAAACUCAGAAACCAUUCAAUUUAAAUUCUAAUAAAUAAAAUAACUUCUUAUAUUAUUUGGAAUUCCAUGGGUCGAGUCACCUUCAGAAGCAGAAGCUUAAUGUGCUUUUUUAGAAAUGCAUUAAUUAGUAGAUGGAAUAGUAACAGAUGAUAGUGAUGUAUUUUUAUUUGGUGGUAGAAAAGUAUAUAGAAAUUUAUUUUCACAGAAUAGUUAAUACGUUAGAUAUAUUAACAUUGAAAAUAUAGAAAAAGAUUUAGGUUUAGAUAGAUAGAGAUUAAUAUUAAUGGCGUUAUUUUUAGGUAGUGAUUAUACAUUGGGAAUAAAAGGAGUUGGCAUAGUAAAUUCAUUUGAAAUAGUAACUGCGUUUGAUAAUAUGGAUGCAUUAAAAAGAUUCAAAAUAUGGGCUAGUAAAGCCGAUAUUUUAUUGGAAGAUCCUUCUAUCCAUUAUACAAAUAUAAGCAUAAAGGAAAAAAAUUAUAAAGAAUACCAUAAAAACUUUAAAAAAAACUGGGAAAUUCCGAAUGAUUUUCCUUCUUGUAAAGUUGUUAAUGCUUAUUUAAAGCCAAAAAUAGACGAAUCUUUAGAAGCAUUUAAAUGGGCGAAACCUAAUUUCGAUUUGCUUAAAUUAUAUUGCAAAAGCAUGUUUGGUUGGGACUAUGCUUUAAUAUAAGAUACUAUAGAACCUCUUGAAAAAAAAGUUAAUAGUGAAAUUGGAGUAUAGGUUUAAAUGAGAAUAACUGAUUACUAUAAAUAAGCUAGUAAAUUUGCUCUUAUUAAUAGUAAUAGAAUUUAAAAAGCUAUUAGUUUAUUGAAAAAUGAAGAAAAUUAAGAAAAUUUAGGAGAUGAUAAUAAUGAAGUUGUGGAAAGAUUGGUAAGAAAAUAAGACCAGAAAAAGAUUAUUAAAAAAAGUGUUAUAUAAAUUUAAGAAGAAGAUGAAGAGUUAUUUGAAAAUGAUUAAAAAGGAUUUUAUGGGAAAGGAAAAAAAAAGAAUAUUUAAAGAAAAUGA